UCCAUCUCGCUUCUCAAAGUCCUAUCAGCCUCCAGAAAGAAAACAUGGGCAGACAGAAGGUGUAUUUGGACAAACUAUCCCGGUUCUUUCAGAUCCGAAACCUGCUGCUGCGACAGGCCCUGGCGGAAUGUCUUGGAACCCUCAUCCUUGUGAUGUUCGGCUGUGGUGCCGUGGCCCAGCUGGUGUUGAGCGGUGGUUCCCAUGGCAUGUUCCUCACAGUCAACUUUGCCUUCGGUUUUGCUGCCAUGCUAGGCAUUCUGGUCUGUGGCCAGAUAUCAGGGGGGCAUUUAAAUCCAGCAGUGACCUUUGCCAUGUGCCUGCUCGGAAGAGAGCCCUGGAGAAAGUUCCCCAUGUACUUCCUCUUUCAGACAAUCGGUGCUUACUUCGGCGCAGCUAUCAUAUUCGGCAUGUACUACGAUGCCCUGUGGGACAUUCCUGGAAGUUUUAAUGUGACUGGGCCUAGCGCCACCGCUGGCAUUUUUGCUACAUACCCUGGAAAACAUCUCACCCUUGUCAAUGGCUUCUUUGAUCAGAUAAUCGGCACAGCAGCACUGAUUGUUUGCAUUCUGGCAAUUGUGGAUCCACACAACAAUCCCAUCCCCCAGGGGCUGGAGGCCUUCACUGUUGGAUUUGUGGUUCUGGUCAUUGGAUUGUCCAUGGGCUUUAACUCUGGCUAUGCUGUAAAUCCUGCCAGAGAUCUUGGACCACGUAUUUUCACCGCUAUGGCUGGGUGGGGCAGUGAGGUUUUCACGGUUAGAAACGGCUGGUUCCUUGUACCUGUUUUCGCCCCUUUCAUUGGCACCAUUAUUGGUGUGAUAAUCUAUCAGGUGAUGGUCGGCUUUCAUACGGAGGGAGAAUAUCGUGACCAGAAAAGGUCAACGGAGGAGAAUGUCCGACUCACCAAUGUCAACUCCAAUGACAAAACAAAUAACACUAGCAAAGAACAUCUGUGAGUGUGUGAGAGAGAUACACAGCAAAAUAUGCACUUUCUGUAAAUACCAACACCCCAGUAAUGUACCUUCCGGCCACAAAUGUUUUUUACAAAGAAUCUUCAAAGCUGUUUAGAUAUUUCCCAAAUAAGCUGUGUUUGGGGAAAAGGGCCAUUCUUUUUUCAUAAUAAAUGUAUUGUAUUAUAUUGUAGAGAACGAUUGUGUGCGAGUGAGAGAAACAUAACUUCAUAAACACAGAAUUACAUUAAUUCAUUUAGGAGAUGAACAUUUGGAUCUUAACGUCUAUAGCUCUCCAGUUUUAACAGUAUUGUAUGCGUUAUACCUAUUUUUUUUAAAUAAUAUUUGAAAACUUGUAAUAAGAUAUACAUUUUUCUGUCCAAAACCUUUCAAUGUUAACAUUUGAAUUCAUGGAAGUUGUCAGGAAAUUUGGAAAUAACAUUUUUCAAACUUCAAAAUAAAAGCUAGUGAAAUGACUCCAUGUUCAUGUUAUUCGUUAAAGUCAACGUUUUUGUUUAAAGCUUACAUAUGAUAGUCGUAAAUCCUUCCCACGAAAUUCUUCACUGUACCAUAGCUAUCUAAAAGCAGCCAUAUUAAAGCGGCUUUCUUUUUAUAAACACUCUUUUUUCCCUGUAAAAGCCAUAACCAGGAAUUGUUAAACAAGCUUAGAAUUAUUGUGAUAUGUCAGCUAGAAAACAUUAACCUUUGUAUGACUUAAAUGUAAUCACAAGAAUCAUUUUAGCUUAUAAUUUCAUGCUUGAGAAAUAUCAUAUUGUUAAAAAAUGACUGUGUUUUUUUAAAGUACUACCACUACAUUCUUAUGAAGUUUUUACCUAUUGACAUCUUUCUUCCUUAUGACUGUUGAUGUUUGGGUGCUAAACUGGACUGUGAGCACCUUGGUAGAUUGUAUGUAGGUUAAGGGGAAAUGCUUUUGUACUUAUACAAUAAAGUUUUGUUCUUGAUUAUUG